GCGCCGUAGAGUUGGAUACGCUGGCCGAGGCAGUUUUCUUUCAGCUUUUGUUUUGACUUGAGGGGCUUCGGCUGAGCUGCGCGACGGCGGCGGCAGAGGAUGUGCGAGCCCAGCAAACAAGACAUUGUCGCCGUCUUCAAGCGGCUCCGCGCCGUUCCGACGAACAAGACGUGUUUCGACUGUGGAGCGAAGAAUCCAAGCUGGGCAAGCAUAACAUAUGGCGUCUUCCUGUGUAUUGACUGCUCAGGGACUCAUAGAUCCCUUGGAGUUCACCUGACUUUUAUUCGAAGGAACCUUCACAAUAAGUUUAACUCUUUAUUUGCUAUGACUUAUACCAAAAUACUGCCUUAUGGUGGUUCUGGUCCUGUUCGAAGGUCUGCAUUUUUCCAUCAGUACGGUUGUACAACAAAUGAUACCAAUGCCAAAUACAGCAGUCGUGCUGCUCAGCUUUACAGAGAAAAGAUUAAAACUCUUGCAACUCAGGUAACACGGAAGCAUGGCACCGAGUUGUGGAUAGAUGGCUAUGGAGCCCCACCCCUGUCACCUCAAGAAAAAGAGGAAGAUUUCUUUGCGACACACGUUUCUCCUCAGGUUAUUAAUGCAGAAUGGGAAGCAUCACGUGAGGAGACAAUCAACCUGAAGCAGAAUUCUUCUGAAGAUAAUUCAGAAAACAAAGAAGAUGAACCUGAACAUGGACCAAGUGUUGAUUGUCUUAGUGUGUCACCACAAGCUUCUUUAGCCAACUCGGAGAAUGUAAAUACUUCAGGCAGCACACCUAGCAAAGAGACCAGCUCCAUGAUAAAAAAGAAGCCAAACCAAGUUAAAAAGGGGCUUGGAACAAAGAAAGGUGGUUUGGGAGCCCAGAAAAUGAGCAGCAAGAGUUUUAAUGAGAUUGAAAAACAAGCACAAGCAGUAGAUAAAAUGAAGGAAGAGAUGCAUGUUGGGAAAAACAUUGAGAAAGAAGAACCACUGGUAUCAUCUUUACGACUAGCUUAUAAAGAUCUUGAAAUUCAGAUGAAAGAUGAAAAAUUUAACGUGGCUGGUAAAAAGAAAACAGAAGUAGACAGACUUGGCAUGGGAUUUAGCAGCAAUAGAAGUGGCAUUUCCCAUUCUGUAGUAUCAGAUAUGCAAAUCAUAGAACAAGAAACUCCUACUAUUACAAAGCCGAGGAAAAAGUACAGUGAUGAUGAUGAGUCAUAUUUUUCUUCCUCCAGCUCAAGGUACUUUGAUUCUCCAGAGUUGAGAAACAGCACUUUUUCUAAAUGGGACGACAAUUCUGAUUCCUUUUGGAAGAAAGAAAUCAUCAACAGAGAUGUAGAAACAAUGUUGUCUUCGAAACCUGCAAACUAUUCUGAUAGACCAUCUUCUCGUCGUAAACCUGAAUAUGAACCUUCUCCAAGCACAGAUGAGGCUCAGAAGAAAUUUGGCAAUGUUAAAGCAAUUUCAUCAGAUAUGUACUUUGGAAAGCAAGACCAUGCUGAAUAUGAGACGAGAGUCCGGUUAGAGAGGCUUUCUGGAAACAGUGCCAUAAGUUCAGCAGACCUUUUUGAAGAGCAAAAGAAGCAGCCAUCAGGCACUUACAAUAUUUCAAAUGUGUUGCCCAAUGCUCCUGAUAUGGCUCAGUUUAAACAGGGAGUGAAAUCGGUUGCUGGAAGGCUUUCUGUCCUGGCAAAUGGGGUCAUGACAUCUAUUCAGGACCGUUAUGGCUCUUAACCGCCGGUGUGCUGCUCAUUGAGUACACAGAAGAGCUUUUUGAAGAUGUACAUCUACCAGUGAUUAUACUGUAGAUUUUACAAAAAGGUUGUCUUAAGGCUGUAGAGAACAUUUUAUUAUGAUAUGGAACCUAUAUGUUUUUAUUUCCUGUCUUUUCUGCCUUCUGUAAUCUUUCCUUUAAUACAGUAACUUUUCUCACUUC